UGAAGUGGUGCAAAGAAGCGACGGCCAGGCCCGGCUCUCCCGAGGACGAUCUGCGGGGGAGGGGACAGGGAGGGGACCUCGCUUCUCCCUCCCCGCCAGGGGCCGGGGAGGAGGCUGCUGCGAACGGGGCUGCCGGCCUGCUCGCGAGGCAGGGCCGCUGUCUCUUUAAGGAGGAGGGUGCCGGGCUCGGAGCGGGGGUGGCUCUUUUAGUCUCUGCGGGCCCGGGCGGCCUCCCUUGCCGGGCUCGCCUGUUCCAGCAAUGCCCUGGCUGGUGCACCUGGGCCCUCCGGCGCUGCUCCAAGCUGCCGCACGCAUCGUCUGGCGCAAGGCGGGCAGCAGCCCCAGAGCAGCAGCGGGGGCCCCGCCGUCCCUUGGCGGCCAGGUGCAGGCCGCCCCCGACGCUGGAGAGGCUCCGCCCAGGAGGGAGCCUCGCCCCAGCCUCCGACGGGAGGGCAGCUGGCUCGUCCUGGGGGACCUGCGGCUGCAAAGCCCCCUCCGCUUCCUGCCCCCGGCUGAUCCCAGCCGCCGGGCCGGCUGCAGAGCUGCUCAGGCGGGUUAUCUGCCCCCCCACCGGGGCUUCGGAUGCAAACAGCAGGUGCAAGAGGACGCAGAGUUCAGCCAUCUGGAGCCCCAGAUAACUCUGCAAGCAACGGCCAGCAGCGGCCGCGGGAGCUCCGGGAAGGACACAAGUAGAUCCCCUGAAAAGGAAGUCACAGAUCCCAGUGAUGAGGAUGAGAAGAAACCCAACAAAUCCCAGCAGCUGAAAAAAGUUUUUAAAGAAUACGGCGCUGUAGGAGUUUCAUUCCACAUUGGAAUUUCCUUAACGUCUUUGGGAAUAUUCUACCUGGCUGUUUCAAGUGGCGUGGACAUGACUGCAGUUCUCCUAAAACUUGGAUUCAAUGAAGCAUUGGUGCAAUCCAAAGUGGCUGCUGGUACAAGCACAUUUGUGUUGGCCUACGCUAUUCACAAAGUGUUUGCUCCAGUCCGAAUCAGCAUUACCUUAGUUUCUGUGCCAUUCCUUGUCCGAUAUUUCCGUAAGAUUGGUUUCUUCAAACCUCCUGCCUCAAACCCAUGAUGAAAUCUUAUUGAUUUAAAAAAAAAAAAAAGUCAUGUUCUUAUAGCUUUUAAAAGUGCCGUGCAACUGUAGUUGCCCUAUUUGGACUCGUGUUAAUACUGAUCUCAUCUCGCAUUUUUGCUUGUCCUUUCAGGAAAAUGUUGAUAACCCCUUCCCUUCCCUGUUAAAAUGGUAUCUGAAAACUCCUGCCAGCGAUAACAUAAGGACUUACCUACCAAUGAGGAAACUGUUUAGAACAUACAUCUUAAUCUCUAUAUAGCUCAGCCAUAUGGGCCUUACUUUUUUCUUGGUGAAACACACUUGCUACAGUGCAGCACUAGUUCAUAAUAGUGUAUUUCAGGAACUAAACUAAACUAAGAUUGAAUCCCCAUUUAAUUAUUUUCUGAAGCAUACUCUGUCCUAUCAUGUUUUGAUACACAAACUCAGUGCUUAGUAUUUAUCCAUUGCCCCUUUAAAAUAAUUUCUUGCUCUGAAAGGGCACUCUGGCCAUGCUGUACUUCCAUACUUCUAAGUUGUAUGGAUGCUGAGCGUCACUUAAAAGCUCACUCUCCUGGUUGACUAGCAGCUGGUCCUACUGGAAUCUUAUUUGUAUUAGAGUGCUGUAGACUCUUUGGGUGAAAUCCUGAUUCCCCUGAAAUCAAUGGAAGUUUUGUUACUGACUUCAAGGGGACCACAAUUUCAGUCAUAGGCUUCGAUGUGGUGGAUCAGACCCUGUAUUAGCAGACAUAUCUACAACUGAAAACAAGCUGUAGCAGGUUCUCAGCCCCUGCAGAAGAAGCUCGUAUACAUUCCUGAAGUCCAUAUGCUAUAAUUCUGCAGAUUGUUGAAUGCACCAGCUAGUCACUUGAUUCUUAUAUUAAACUAACAUGACUUAAUAUGGGAGUGAUCUAUACUUUUAAGACUCUUUAUUGCAUAGCUCACAUCAGAUACCAUUUUAAAGUGCUAUUUCCUUUGAUGUUUGAGUUGUCAAUUUGGCUUGCCGUUCACAACUCAAUAUGGCAUGUUUCUACAAACUGCUGCAAUGUCUAUAAUUCAUCAGGUCAAGAAAUUUGAAGGUCUGAGCUAACUACUAUGGAGUGUAUAUUAACUAUUUUAAUGUGAACAGAAAAAAAAGCUUAGUUAUGAUCUCUGCAGUAAAUUCCAAAAACUUACCAAUGUGCUACGUUGCUCUUGCACUGCAGAAGUAUUACCCUUAUUGUGACUUCACGAUAAGUCUACACUGUGGAUCGAUGCUGCGGCGAUCGAUCCACUGGGGGUAGAUUUAGCGGGUCUAGUGAAGACCUGCUAAAUCAACCACAGAUCGCUCUCCCAUCGACUCCGAUACUCCACCAGAAUGAGAAGCAUAAGGUAAGUGGAUGGGAGAAACUCUACACCCAGUGCAGUGUAGGAACUGCAGUAAGUCGACCUAAGCAACAGCGACUCCAGCUAUGUUAUUCACAUAGCUGGACUGCGUAACUUAGGUCGACUUAAUCCUGUAGUGUAGACUAGUGGUUUUCAAACUUUUUUUUCUGGGGACCCUGUUGAAGAAAAUUAUUGAUGCCCGCGACCCAGUGGAGCUGGGGAUGAGGGCGUUGGGGUGUGUGGGGGGGAAUGAGGGUUUCAGGGUGUGAGAGGGGGCCCUGGGUUGAGGAUGAGGGCUUUGGGGUGCAGGAAGGGGUUCUGGAUUGGGGGGGGCUCAGCUGGGGCAGGAGAUUGGGGUGUGGGCUUACCUUAGGCGGCUCCCAGUCAGCAGUGCAGCUGGGGUGCAGAGGCAGGCUUCCCGCCUAUCCUGGCACCACAGAUCAUGCUGUGCCCCAGAAGCGGCCAGCAGCAGGUCUGGCUCCUAGGCAGAGGUGCGCAAGCGGCUCCGCGUGGCUCUCACCCCCAGCCCCUCCAGCUCCUAUUGGCCAGUUCCCAGUCAAUGGGACUUCGGAACUGGUGCUCAGCAUGGGGACGGUGUGCAGAGGCCCGUGGCCCCCCGCCUAGAAGUCGGACCUGCUGAUGGCUGCUUUGGGGGCACAACGCGGUGUCAGAAUAGAUAGUCACUAGCCUGUCUUAACUGGGCAGCACUGCCAAUGGGACUUUUAAUGUCCCUGGGUGCUGAGCAAGGUGACCCAGAACCUUACAUGCUGCGACUCAGUACUGGGUCGCUACCUGAACUUUGAAAAACACUGGUGUAGACUUGCCCUAAGUGAGAUUGACCUAAAUGAGCACUUAGUAGUUUUAGGCCCAAGAUUUAUAUAGAUAGAUAUGAAAUUAAAUAGAAAUUUUCUAUUAAAUAGAAAUAAUUAAAUAGAAAUAGUGAAACAAACACUGCAGCAUAAUGCAAGUGAAAUGGACUAUAAACAGACUAGUUUACCUCCACCCUCCAAGCUGAGGGAAGUGCAAAGAACUAAGGAUGUGUCAAUGAUGAUUCAAUUCUAACAUAUUUAUCCUUUUAAAUAAUCAGUUGAAAAAUGCUUCUUUAAAUAUUUUAUUACUGUGACAAUGUUCCUAUCGUAAUGUGGAGUUUAGUAUGUACAUAUAGCCAUGCAAUACAGAGUGCCCAAGACUGGAUCCAAAAUGAGCUAUUGUGUACACCACAAGGGAUUUUGAUGACUUAGGGCUAGAUUGGCAGCUUGCAAACUGCUCUGAGUAAGGGGCAGCAUAUAACUGCACUACCCCAGGAGCAGGGGCCAUAUUGUGACUAAGAGUUGCAGUGUGGUCCCUGCUUCCUCUUUGCUCCAUGGGAGAUGUAAGAUGCUAGCCUUCUUUCUAAUGUAGCUUAAAUCACCUUCUGCACGUGUUCUGUUGCUCUGGUUGGCUCACUGCCUGGCCAGGAGAGAGUUAGCUGCUCCUAGGUGGCUGCAUUCCCUCUUGCAUUAUGACCCAUGAUGCAGGUAGUUUGUGCAGUGGUGUGUAAGCUAGUUUGUGAUUGAGUCCAUAAGUAACCAUGAAAACAACUUAUCAAGCAGAGUUUACAUUUCAUUUUAGUUUAAUUGCUGGAAUGUUUUGAGUUUUUUAAUUGAAAUUGCCUUCUGGUGAUACUGAAUAAUGGACUUUCUGGAUAAAAUUGAAAUAUUUUUAAGUAACGAUUGAAGUGGUGGUUGCAUUGUAAACUCCUCACAACAGUAACUUCCCUCGUCUCCUGUGAUUUGCUAGCUGCUAAAACAUUGGGGAGCCUUUAAAAAAAAAAAAAAUCCGUUUGACCUUGAGUAGAAUGUCUAAAUUUCCUUAAAGGAAACAUUUUUGGUUUUAUUCCCUUUUCCAUAAUUUUUAUAAUAGCCAUAUUCUCUGAUGGGCUCCUUAUUGCUUUAUAGAGAGUUCUCUGAUCUCGAGUACUAUUGCAGUCACUUUGAUACUAAUGAUAUAGCAAGACACUUUAAAAAGUAGGAUUUUUUGUAUUCAAAUUGUCAUCACUUUAUUCUUUAAUUUCUAAGUAAAAUGUGUAUUUUUCUAUUAUCAUUAUUAGAAAAACAAGUAGCAUUCCAGUCCUUCUAUCUGUUAUUUCCUGUAAUGCAGUCAUGAUUUUAUGGUUUCUGGAAAGAAUACUCACUUUAAAAUCACCAGCGUGCCAAGUUAAUUUCAUUUGUAAUUAAACUGCACUUGUCCCCUUUAAGUGAGAUUGAGAGACUAUUUUUUACCUCUGAAUUAGACAAAUCUGGUUGUAAAAACUGUCAUUUGCAACCUUUGUUUAGAUGAACAUUUUUGCAAUAUAUUUUAAAUCAAGAAUAUAUUUUGAAUUUCUGAAUCCUUGUGUAAGCUUAAAAAUGUGAAAAUGGAAUUAGUUUGUGAAAUAGUAGCAAAGGCCUUAUAGAAGCGGCAACACUGGUAGAAAAUAUAAUAAAAUAUUUUUUUCCCUU